GUUACAGCAUCAUUGGAGGAGAUUUUAACAAAACUUCGAGAAGAUUUGGAACUUUACUAUAAAAAAUUGCUCAUUCAGCUUGAAGCCAGGGUGAUCAAGAUGAGACCAAAGAAUCUGGCAACCAUCACAGACUCUAAGAUGAGAAAACAAGCAGUUUCAGAAUUACGCACAUUGAAAGCUGAACUGGCACAGAAGAAAUUUAUUACAUCUUUUCAAUCUCAAUAAGGAUCAUUCUGGGCAGUCUUCCUGAUGCCAUCACAGCCUCUGCCUGAACCCCAACAGGAAGGUCCAAAGCAGCAGGUGCAAACCCAGACGGGGAAAACUGGUGGAUUACUCUGUGUCCAGAAAAAUGGAGCUCAAGGCCACGAACAGAUACACCAUCCCAGGGAACCUUGCUGUCUUCCCCUAUCUGACUAUGGGGCUGCUAGCUAUUGGCUGGUUCUUCACUCGCUGGUACUUUGUUUAUGAAGCCACCUCCACCAAGCACUCUCAUGAUAUGUACAAAAAGCUUCUCAUCUCCUUGGUGGCCUUGCUAUUCAUUGACUUUGGAGUUCUCUUCCUGUUACUCUGGGUUGGCACCUACAUAUGAGCUCCUAAGGGAUCCAACCAGGUAGAUUCAUUGAAUCUUGGUUUUUGUAAAUUAUUUUUUUUUAACUGUUGCUGGAAGUGUCCCACCUGCUGCUCACAGUAAAGGCAGAUGUGGAAAGAGAAAGAAAGUAGAAAGAAAGAAAGAAGACAGGAAGAAGAAGAAGAAGAAGAGAAAGAAAGAAAGAAAGAAAAAGAGAGAGAGAGAGAGAGAGAGAAAGAAGAAAGAAAGAGGAGGAAGGGACGGAGGGAAGGAGGAAAGAAGGAAGGAAGGAAUUAGGAAGGAAAGAAAGAAAUCCUGAAUAGGAACUUCAGAAUAAGUUUGAUGCUGGUAAGCUGCCCAGCAUUGCCCCUGACCUUCAGAACUAGGACCACGUCAUCCUCAUAGCAUUUACUCAGGGCCACAGCUGCAAAGUCAUGGAAACCUGCAAAGCAAGCCCAUCAUCAGACAAUAAAAAUCAUAAUAGCACUUAUGAUGUGCCAGGCACUGUUGAUUUAGUCAUUAAAAAAAAAAAAAAAGCAAAACUACCUUUUGUGGUAAUGCUAUUAUUAUCCCUCAUUAGAAUUCUCUAAAAA